CGCGUCGCAUGCCGUGGGCGGCCGGCAGCCUCACCCCGGGUUGCUUCGCGGCGCUCCCGGGGCCGCGAUGGCGGCGGGAGAUGUCGAAUCCUCGCUGGAGCUGAGCCUUACGGGCUCCGGGGCGGUCCCCGGCGCGCUGCCCCCUGCCCGCUCGCGCAUCUUCAAGAUCAUCGUCAUCGGGGAUUCCAACGUGGGCAAGACGUGCCUCACCUACCGAUUCUGCGCCGGCCGCUUUCCGCAACGUACCGAGGCCACCAUCGGCGUGGACUUUCGAGAGCGGGCUGUCACCAUCGACGGCGAACGCAUAAAGAUACAGCUGUGGGAUACUGCAGGCCAGGAGCGCUUCAGGAAGAGCAUGGUACAGCACUACUACAGGAAUGUACAUGCUGUGGUGUUUGUGUAUGAUAUGACAAACAUUGCCAGUUUCCACAGCCUGCCAUCCUGGAUAGAGGAAUGCAAACAACACCUUCUUGCUAAUGAUACACCACGGAUUCUAGUUGGAAAUAAAUGUGACCUGAGAAGUUCUAUUCAGGUGCCCACGGACCUGGCCCAGAAGUUUGCUGACACUCACAGCAUGCCAUUGUUUGAAACCUCUGCCAAGAACCCCAAUGACAAUGACCAUGUGGAGGCCAUAUUCAUGACACUGGCUCACAAGCUUAAAAGUCACAAGCCAUUAAUGCUUAGUCAACCCUCAGAUCAUGAUGAAAUACAUAUAAAGCCUGAACCAAAACCUAUCACAUCCUGCUGGUGUUAGGAUUGUCACUGAUCACAUUGUCACUGGCUAUCAGCUUGUAUUGUUUGCAAGUGCUUCAAAAUUAUGAUCUUAGCAAAGUUCCUGGUUUUGGUAGCAAUUAUAGCAAAUCUCUUUGGCACUUUAAUGUGUUUUUGUUUUUUUUUUUUAAUUUUUCCUGGCGUAGAUGUGCCCAUCUUAUGCUCAUGCACUUUGUAAUUGUACUUUAUGAAUUACUAAAGUUUCACUGUAAAUAUAUAGGACCAUAUUAACUUUGUCUAGUUUUGACAAAGCAAUUCUAGUUGAGCUGUUGCUGUCUGAGGUUGUUCUCAUCACUUGUAAGGUUAUAAAUAGUAGGCCAGUUUACUAAUACUUUUCAUUGCUACUUGCAUUGGAAUAAUGUAGGAGAAAGCCUUUUGUGACAACCAUGGAACUUAGGUUUUGGGUCAGCAAGUGGGUACAUGAAGGAAUAUUUCGUGACUACUAGCAAAUUACAAAGCAGGUAACUUUUUAUUAUAAAAGCAAACAAAAACAUUUCUGUCAAAGUUUGGACUGCCAGUGUUGGUGUAAAUUGCUAGGUUUUGGCCUGUCAUUCCACUAUGAGCUUGGUCUGUUUCUUCAUGGCAGUGGUAACAGAAUUUACUAACUUCUCCCUACCUCUAGACAUUUAUUUGAUACUUAAAACUUCAUUAAUUUUUCGUAAUUGGCAUGUGAUACCAAACUAUGUUAUGUUAUUUUGUACUUGUGGAAAGUACUGUAGCACAGGAUUUGGGGUAAAACUGGGACCUUGUAUCUGUCCAUAAGUUCCCUGAUCUUACUAAAAUUAAAUUAUAUAUUUCUGAAGGUGCUGUAUUUGAGCUGAGUGUCUCAGAGUAAGUAAAAACAGUUGAGUAAGUAAAAGACUGGGUGAAUUUGGCAAAAGCAUACUGGUUUUCAAAGAUAGGGGUUUGCAGUGCAUUAAGAGAUCAUGAAUGCUUCUCAAAUAUCUUGAAAAGCCAACUUGAUAACAUAUUUCAGGAAUGGGAAUGCUUGAAAAUAUGGUACAUUCUUAAAAUAGUCCAAACACAAACUAAAUUUGGUCUUGAAAUAUGGAGUAAAUCUACCAAGUACCAUCUACUACAUCAUCUAUUACAGAUUUUUGAGCAAAAACCUGCAUGUAUAAUGUGACUGUAUGUAGGGCAUCCUUGGCAUUACUAAUGUGAGCUGGUAGGGGUUAGAUGAGGGAAAUUUUUCCUCUUGACCACCUUUUUCUGUGUUCUCAUAGUUGCAACUGCCUUUUUUCAGUCCUAUCUGAAGAUCAAGUUUCAAAAGUAAGGUCAAGUUUCAUAAUAUAAAUGGUGCUAAGUUGCACAUAAUUGCAUUAAGUGAAGUAUAAGAAUACAUAUGCAUAGAAUGCAAUCUAUGACUUCAUCCAUGUCACAUCAAACAGUGUUUUGUGACUUAGUUUUUGAACUAUAGAUGAAGAUUUAUUUUUUUUUUGCAAUGUGUAGCAUGUGUUGCUUACUAGAAACUAAAUGGAAGGGCUAGUUCAGAAGCUGCCACCCUAAUUAGAAACAAAUUACAGAAACAAGAUAACUGUUAUUAUGUAAACUAUUACAGUUCUUAAGAUGUAAUUUCAUUGUAAUACGUACAGAAAAAAAUGCAUAGACUUUUUUCUGGAUUUUGAAAGAGCAUUUAAUUUGUCUAAUAUGAUUAAGAUGUUUAAAAAUAAUUAAACAAAAGGUAAUACUUUUUCCUGUAUAAUGCUGCCUCAGUUGUGACAGUAUUUUUGCUUAGGAAAAACUUGUAAAAGGGAGCUUUUGUAUUCACUCUGAACCUUACAUGACUAGAAUUUAGAGUUGUUUCAGAAACAAUCACCUUUUUAACACUAGUGUCCUUAACGAUUUCUUUAAGAAAGGGAUUGAUCUUAAAUUGAUAUUUAUACUGUGGUGAGUAGAUAUGGUUUACAGUCCUGUUGGACAGAUUGUCUUUCACUCAUGUCCUUAAUCCUUUUUCUGAGAAGGAUCUUUCUUAAUUAUUUUUAUACUAAAUAUGUCAGCAAGUUUUGAUGGGUUUUUUUGUGAUAUUUUUUGUUGUUUUUUG